GUGAGACCUGAUCGGUCAAGCCAAGAACACCUGUUUGAUUGGAGUGGAAUCCAAUUUGGCAGAGAUUUUCACUUUCGCCAGCCUUCUAGAAGCAUUCUCUGGAUGCCUUGGCACAAGUCUCCUUUUUUUCCUCUUCGACGUGACCUCACAAGCGGGAACCUAUCACCUAUGAUCCUGGAAGGGGAGGUAUUUCCCCAAUAUCGAAGCCUGUAUAUUAAGCGGAGACGUUUCAUCAUUAUGCUCAUCGCAGAAGCUCGGUUGACAAGCCCGGAUGAAUACGGAGAUACUGUAGGAAUAUGAUUCGUCUAGGCCGCAAGAUGCGAUAAGUGAUCAUAAUCAGGCCUGAGCGCGGAGGGGAAGAGAGGGAGACCGAGAUACGCCCUAGCUCUUGGCACACGAUCGAUCGCCGUAGCCGAUUCGGGGCAUCUGUCUCGCCAGGGUCACCAGAGCGUAGAAAGUAAGGUCGCAUAUCGCUCGCGGUGGCUUGCCCACAGUGGCUGUCAUCUGACGGCUUUGUAUGCACGCUUGUCGAAUCCUUCACUCGAUUCGGUAGUUUCUUGCAUGCCAGGCAAGCUGGACUUACCAAGGCACUGGGUCUGGAGGCCUUAUUCACCUGGUUGUGGUGCCUCGCUGAGUCGUCCUUUUGAACAUCCCGGUCCCGUUGGCGUUCUAUUCCCUACUAGGUAUUACGUAUACGGACGUAUUCGUCGACGAGCUCGAUACAACACAUCCAUACGUAUAUCCAUCUCCGAUGACCGACCCGAGCCCUCCCCGCGAUCCUUUGCGUCGGCAUCUGGAAAAGACUGGCCGGCAGGCCAUGUAUCCGCGGAAGCGCUGGGAGUGUUGGGCUACGAGCGGUACGUCGCAGUUCGCUUCGGACUGAUAACUUCCUACAAUGCUCUUACGCGAGACGACCCAGGCGACGCGUGUCUCCUCUCUAUCGAAAGAGCAUGUCUGAUACACAACGAAUGUUCGUGGCGAAUGCUCGGGACCAGGUCUCGUCAGCUUAUCAGCGCGGGGAGGGCAUGCUCCUGUCCAUCGCUGUCGCUUAUUUGCGCGGGUGCCCUGUUUCUAAAUGAGCGAACCCCUGGCUCCUUCGGAUUGCUAAGCGUCCAGCUGGGUCAACGUGAAGUGGGUAUCGCAGCCCUACAGCACACGAGAUGGGUGAAUCCCACAGGCAACGAAAGAGCCAAGCCGCAAAGUAGUUCCCUCGCGAACGAGGCUGAGGACGGUAUGCUACGACGGAGCAACCUAUCUACCCUGUGCAUGUGGGAGAUAUAGGUAGCGUGGAUAAGGGAGGGGAGAAUGCGGGUGUGUUGCAGAUAUGCAUGUCGACUCUAGUUGCAGAUGGCUGGUUGUCUUGUUCGUAGGAAGUCUACCUGCGUAGUGAGUUGACAGAGGUUUCUGGUUGAUCAUAUCUCCUCUUCACAGAGAGCCCUAGCUGCCGUUACUUUUCAGUUGGUAAUACAGUCACAGGGUCGAUCUACGCCAGUCUCGCUGCGGACAGCCAAAUACUCGGCGUUUCGUGGCUCUGAUCGCUGCUCAGCUCCCCUCCCUCACCGCCACAUCCUCGCAAACGGAACAGGGUCACCAGGCAUCGAAAUCCUGGGGGAGGCGUCAAACAACAUCCCAUAUCCGGGCACUUCCCGCUAAGCGUCGGUUAAAAUGACGAACGCAACGGGUUACGAGCGGGCGGGAUCUGCUGCGGGAUAUCACGGAUCACCUCACUCGCCGUAGAGGAGUCGUCAAAGGCCGCGAUUCAUCCGUGCCAGGAGAGAACAGGCCACCGUGCAGCUGUCUCUCCCCGCGAUAUCACAUUCCCUCCCACGUGGGGACAGGGGCGGGUUGGGCUGGGCUCUGACCCCUGGGCGCGUCGGC